AUGAAUCUCAGAAACUGUACAUUCCACUAAUAGGAACAUUAUGUGACGGAAUACCUUACAUUGCGACAACAGCAGGAAGCAUCUUAUCAGAAAACCAAGGUUUGAUAUUGCCAUCUGAGCUUCUCGAGUUAAUGAUAGCUCAAAGGCUGGAAGUUCUCAGUCCGACCAACUAUCCGACGUCGAACAGAUUUGUUGCUUUGACCGGCCCAAUCAGCGAAAGUUCCCUAAAUAUCGAGGUCAGAGACUUCUUGUCUAAUUUAGCACAAAAAUUAAGGUCCACUUUUACGGAAGAUGAAGCUGUACAAUGUAAUGAUGAUACACGCGAUACCGCUGCUAUGGUCAAGAAUUCUAAACUCCGCCCGCUGUUGAUAUGUUGCAUUCUCGCCAAGGACAAAAAGCUUUGCUUACCCACGGUCUUCAAAGAAUGCAAACUUGUUGUAGACAAAAAUUUGGCGCAAGAAAACCACGGAGAAACGCUGAAGACGUUAAAACGUUGGAAGAUUGCAGACUGA